AUGGCUGGCAGCCUGCCAGCAAAAGUGUGCGCGCGGCAGCGUCGCGUGCACGCGUCACGAGUCCGCCUCCUGGUCGCGGCCCGUCCGCCGUUCGCCGAACGCGGCCGGACGCGACCGGACGCGCGGCAGGGCGGACAGGCCGGCGGCAGGGCGGACGGGCCGGCGGCAGGAUGGACGGGCCGGCGGCGAGUGUGGGCGAUGAUCGCUCGGCGGUCUCGUCCGUCAGUCGGGCGGCGAUCUUACGUGUAG